AUGGCCGGGUGUCAUGCCGGGAUUAUGGGGCUAGUGUUUCACAAUGACUUAAAACUAUCCAAACACGGCAUGAUUCACCCUGUCAACACACCCGGUCUUGGAGACGCGUGGGGAGCGGCGCCCCCGCAGACUAAUCCUCGCGAAGCGGCCAUUAAGGAACUGGGCUCACACCUUUUACAGGUAAGACAGUCAUUAAGGAACUGGGCUCACACCUUUUACAGACAUCUAAGACCAGCUCGAAUAAAAAUAUACCUGAAUGUAUGUUUUAUUUCUUAUUUUUCGCAGACGCUAGACGGUUUCAUCUUCGUGGUGGCUCCAGAUGGGAAGAUUAUGUACAUAUCGGAGACUGCUUCAGUGCAUCUCGGCUUGUCCCAGGUAGAGCUGACAGGGAACAGUAUAUACGAAUAUAUUCACCCGGCAGACCACGAAGAGAUGACGGCUGUGCUCAACCUCACGCCUCAACCAGUCCCUCACUCUCCCUACGUGAGACAAGACGAAGAAAUCGAGCGGACUUUCUUUAUACGAAUGAAGUGCGUGUUAGCGAAGAGGAACGCAGGCCUUACGACAGGGGGAUACAAG